GCAAGGAUGGAGGAUCGCCGAUGAUAGGUAAUAUGCCUGCUUCCCUUGCGAGGCCUCCUCAAAGCUUGAUUUGUGUUUAUAGCAUGCACGUGUGCACCGGCAUUGCGAGGGAUCGAGCGAGGGAGCUGCCUUCAAACCCUCCCUCGCUGCUCCAUAUCUGUGCGUCAGCCUGCCGCAGGUGGAUGUCAGAGGCCUCAGCUACUGUCAGUGCCUAGUGUGAAUAGCCCUCUCGCUUGGGUCGGAGUUUGCAGCGGGUGGGAUUUGAACUGUGCGGGACGAAGCUCCAGAUCCGAUUUCAGGAUUCAACUCCUUGAGAAUUUCGCGCAGAUUCACGCCCUUAUUCGCUUUGAGUCCCUGUCAAUCUUCUAUUAGCGGGUGGUCGGGUGUUGUGUCUUUGCUGAAGCGCAUUCGGUGCCAGCUGGGGUGGCGUGGGCGAGCGAAAUGUACUUGUGAUAUCACUCUCUGUGAGUUCAAAUCAGCUUGGUUGUAUUUGGUAGUACUGUUUGGCGCAAUCAAGGUCUGAUGGCAAUUGAGUGAGUGACGAUGCUGGUGUUGGAGCGUGGAGUGUAAGUGGCUCGAAAUGCGAGGACGUUGCAGAGGGUCUUUGCAACCGGGUGCCGUGAUCAAGAAGUUGCGUCUGCAGAACGGAGCAGAACACGCUGUUUAGAGUAGCUUGCCGCGAUGGACUCGGGUAGACGAGCUUUGGGUUCUUCCUUUCUUGGGGUGCAAUGGCUCUGCGGUUGUCUUGCAGCGAUUCUUUUGAUGCUUACGUACAGGACCUCCGCCGCUUACACCUGUACGUCUGAUCCCAACAACGCCUCUAACAUGACCAUGUUCAAGACUCAACCCACUUGCUUGGACACACAGUUUCCCCCAGAUAGGAACGGCCAAAAACUUUUAGUGUGGUCGCUGAGAGAUAACGCAACCAACUACGUGACCAUCGUUGUGGCGGCUCCUCUAGAUGAAUCAGAAUGGAUCGGACUUGGAUUCUCAGAGGCAGGUCAAAUGCCAGGAUCCACAGCUGUGGUAGCCACAUUGGGCGUGACCGGUAGUCCUCUUGUUCAGCCAUACUAUCUUAGAGAUAGGUCGUCGAAUGGAGUUAUUAAGGACGAUUCAAGGCUAAUCCUUCCAACACGAAUGAAUGCAACCUACGAUGGCACAUUGAAGACCGUCUUCAUGGCCUUCAGAGUGGACUUUGCAUCAUCCAAAAUAGUUCCUAAUUAUCUGCUCUAUGCUGCCGGGCAGGCAUCGGGUGACGGUAGUAUCAUUAAUUACCACAGAACAAGAUCCUUGGAGGAAAUGCAAGCUAACUCCCAGUUUCCUUUGGGUGGUGCUGUGGGGGAAUCAGCAGUAUCUAAGCUUGAGAAGCGAGUCAAGACACAUGGAGCUCUUCAAGUUUUUGGAUGGGGAGUUUUGUUGCCCAUUGGAGCGAUAGUGGCUCGGUAUGCCCGGGAGUAUGAUCCCGCGUGGUUCUAUAUUCAUGCCACGUUCCAAUUAAUUGGGUUUAUUUUCAUCAUUGCUGGUGUAGCUACAGGUGUAGCUCUUGCAAAAGAUGUCGAGGUUCCGGGCUUGAAUGGUCACAAAGGACUCGGUUUAUUCCUCCUCAUUCUGGCUAUUUUACAGGUUCUAGCGGUUGUAUUUCGCCCCAAAAAAGAUAGCAAUACUCGCAAGUAUUGGAAUUGGUAUCACUGGUGGGUGGGCCGCUUGGCACUCUUUCUGGCUUGCAUCAACGUCUUUGUUGGCCUCAACCUUAGUAAUGGAGAAAGGAAACUUAGAGUUAGUUAUAUUGUCCUUCUGGCGUUCGAGCUUGUGGCCUUUGCAAUUUUGGAAACCAUCUACUGGGUGCGUUGGAAUCGGGCCCCUGCGAACAGCUCCGGAGUUCGGUGGAACCGAGCAUCAACUGAACGAGGCUUUCAAAUGUCCGAUUAUUGACCUGUUGGCUGGACUUUAUGACGAAUUAUAACUAGUGGACAGCUUGAUACAUUUAGCCUUUGCCAAUUGGCUGUUUUGUGCGUGAUUACUCGUCAUUGGCACAUUGGUUUGUUUACUUAAUUGCUCCAGUUAUCACCAUUUUUAGUUGUACGUGGCAUAGUGAACAUUAGUAAUCAUAUAAAGAUGUAGGCUUCUGUAAAACUAUUAAGAGUGUUUCUA